AUGCCGUUUAUACUGUAUUGUUAUCUAUCUAUCUAUCUAUCUAUCUAUCUAUCUAUCUAUCUAUCUAUCUAUGUCUUUUCGUAUGCGCGUAUACAUUUAUACUUUCUGCUUUGUUGCACAGUUUUUCCUUCUUUCUUUGCCUCUAUAAGUUGUCCUUUCUUUAUGACUAUAUUUCGGAUCUUCUCCUUUCUUCUUAGUCUUUUCUUUGUUCCUCAUACUUUAUCGCUUUCUUUUCUUUUUAUUCUUCUUUACAUUCUUUUCUUUCUAAUAAAUUUGUUUUUAUCUCUUUUUUUUUUCUAUUUAUCCGUUAGGAUUUUCUUUCUAUUUAAUCCCUUUUCAUGCUUCUUUUCCCAUCUUCACCCCUCACUAAUUUUUUGUUGUAAUCUGGCCCCAUUUCUUUCUACUUUCUGUCAUUCUUCUUUUUGUUUUCUGACCACUAAAAUAAUUCCAUUGAUGGCUUGUCUAGUAGUCAAAAUAUGUAUAUGCCUUUAUUUUUUGUAUUACACGUAUGUAUUAACAUCUCUCUCUCUCUCUCUCUCUCUAUCUAUCUAUCUAUCUAUCUAUCUAUCUAUCUAUACUUCGAAAAAAUGA